AGUUUCUACUGCUUUCUAAGUAUUAAUUCAGCAGAAAUUAAAGAAUUUCUAUUUGUAGAUCAGUAAUUAAGGCAAAUCUAGUAAAAUAAGCUCGGGAAAUCUAUGAAUGGAAGAUCUCGUAAAAAGAUGUUGUUACUAACUACGGCUUCUGUCGGCAUGAUGAUUACCUCCGUGAUAAGUUCUUCCUUGCAGAAAAAGACUUCAAACAAUGAAGCAGACAUUAUUGAGAAGUUAAGGAAUUUUGUUGAUAGCGUACUCGCUGACAAUACAGAGGAAUCCAAUCCAGAAGAGGCACAGGGUACCUCAAAAGAAAUUUCUGACCUAAAUGAGGAACAGAAUGAUCAGAUGAAUGAAAUGAACUCUGAUAAGAAAUGGAAGAGGGAUGAUGAAAUCGCAAUGGCUCACCAAAGAAAAAAUGGCAAUAUACUAUCUUCUCUCUAUCCCUGUGAUCGAUUUGAUGAGAAUCGUCGACUGUGUACUAGCAUUCGACAGAUCGGUACGACACUCACUUUUGGAGUGCAAGUACUACUCACACAAUCACCAGAGAAGUAUCAAAUUCGUUGGUUUCGUGUCUUCAAAACACGCUAUUCCGGAGCGGAUGUAAAAGAAGAGUUUAAAAAUGGAAUUACACCUUGGAACAUCAUCACUGGAAGCGGAAGGAAUGCAUAUGAAUUGCGAAUAUCACCACUCACAGAGAUCGACUUCAGUUACAAUUAUUUUUAUGUCACAUUGGAAAUGACUGAUAAAAAUAGCAGACGAGAAAUAAAUAAAAGAACUGUAGCAUUUAUGAAGUUCUGCAUAGAACCUAUAAAUAUCGAUAUGGGUAAUUUGUAUCAUGCCGAAGAAGUCAUUAUUCCUGCCAGAGCUUUUAUUGAACUUCCUCUGAUUUCAAUUCAGUACGAGUGGAAAAUGAGCGAUACCGAUCUCCAGCGUAGCUUCAAUCUGCCGAGCAGUAUGAAACUCAACGCAGAUCGAAGUUCGGUCUUCAUUAAAAAGAGCCACGAUUUGGGAAACAAAAUUGUGACCUGUGCAGUUUACUCUAACAAGAAUAUAUUUGUGGCAAAAAGAAAUUUCUUCUUGAGGAAAACUGUUCAAUCAUUGGAUGAAGUUGAAAAUACAAAUGCAGGCAUCAUACAUCGAAGAAAGAGAAGCUUAGAAGCUGAUAAUGAUAACCAGUUUCAUAGAGACGCAGAUGACAUGUAUUCAUACUCAUUUCCUCUAGAUAAUGCUCGAGAAAGAUUCUUUGACAAAGAAACUUAUAAAAACAGUCACAAACGCAAUAAUGAACAUUCAAGUUAUUAUUCUGGUAACUCACCCGUUGAGUUACCAAUGAACAUACAGCAAAACUUUGGUGAUAAUUUACAUUCUGUAAGAAAUGCUUUAAAUGGACGAUCACAUCAAACAGUCUACAGCUCCAUGAAAGGGGACAGAAGCAAAUUGCAUAAUGUACCGCAGCUUAUAGAUCAAGUAAAUUCUUUAAAACUUCCGUUCUUUAUAGACAACAACAAACCUAAGCUACCAAAAGCUUCACAUGGAAUUUUUUCUUUCGAAGAUAAAGAAUCUCAGUUAAUUGCUACUUGUAAACAUGAUGACGAAUGUGGCACCCAUGCCUUUUGCUUCACUGUUGAAGAUGGAACAAGUUUCUGCAGAUGUGAUGACGAUUAUAAAGGGAAUGGAUUGUUCUGUAGGCAGAUCGCAUAAAUAAAGAAAUAAGAGUUCCGGGCUGUGUGAUUCAGAGAAAAAUAAUUUGGUCUAAAAAAUCAACUGAUACAUUUACCGAUACUUUGUAUUAUUUAUAAGCAAUUAAAAUUUUAAUGUACUUAAUUAGAUUUUCAGGCA